AUGAGCCAACAAGAGCAACCACGUAAGCCACAAGAGCCGGUGACAUACGGAGACGUUUUCGAGGUCUCCGGGGAGCUAUCCGAUAAGGCCAUAGCGCCUGAGGAUGCAAACAUGAUGCAGGCAGCGGAGACGCGCGUCUUUGGACACACUCAAAAAGGUGGUACAGCCGCAGUCAUGCAGUCUGCAGCCACUGCCAACAAACGUGGUGGCUUCGUCCAGCAAGGUGAAGCAACCGACCUCGCGGCUGAACAAGGCGUCACGGUGGCGCAAACUGACGUCCCUGGUGCACGUGUCACUACAGAAUUCGUCGCUGGACAGGUCGUUGGACAAUACGUGGAGCCUAUGCCUGUGGCGACUACUACGGCUACAGACGCAGAAACGUUGGGAUUGAAUUUGCAAAGUGCUAUAACAAUAGGUGAAGCACUGGAGGCAGCUGUACAAACCGCUGGAAACAAACCAGUGGAUCAGAGCGAUGCAGCAGCGAUUCAAGCGGCUGAGGUCAGAGCUUCUGGCACCAACGUUAUUGCUCCUGGUGGAAUAGCCGCUUCAGCUCAGUCUGCAGCUAAUCACAACGCUACUGUGGACCGUGACGAGGAUAAAAUCAAGCUCGUUGAUGUUUUAGCGGGUGCUACGGGGAAGCUACAGGCGGAUAAAGCAGCAACGAGGCAGGAUGCAGAGGGAGUGGUGAGCGCUGAGCUGAGGAACAACCCUAAUCUGACUACUCAUCCAGGUGGUGUGGCAGCUUCUGUCACCGCUGCUGCUAGGCUUAAUGAGAAGGCGGAUAUAUGA